GUGUGACACUAGCGCAGCAGAUCAGCUCACCAGAACGUGAAAAUGAAGGGUGUUUUCGAGGUAAAAUUUACACCUGACCUACGUGCGACUCUCAAAACUUGGGCCUGUAAAAGGUGAUGUAAGCCCACUGACUGUAGUAAGCUUCAACUACCUGACGUGGCUAGCCAAUGGAAGUGAAAGCGCAGAGACCACCAUCAUGACUACUUCACCAACUUCAAAUCUGUCAGCCAUUUUGGAUGAGCUGAAGUUGGAGCCGGCACAAGUUCAGGAGGUUUCGGGCAACGUUGUAGCAGUGAUCCACAAUGACUGGCUGACCUACCUGUUCAAAAAUGGUGUGGUCCCAUCAACAAAGGAGGUCAGUCUUCCACCAUCUAGCUGGGAGAAGUUACCAGCUAGACCUGCAUAUGAGAAGGUGGGCAGCCCAUGGAGGAAAGUGGACAUUGAAGUCAUCAGCAAGCCAGACUCAGGAAAGAUUUUUGUGCCCAAGAUCCAUCCCAAGUGGUUGAUGAGAGGAGACCUUGGAUUUGUUGAAUUCAUGCAGUGCCUGGCCAAGCAGAACUACCUCAGCCAAUGGGAACAAUCCUACCAAAAGUUUGCCAAACUUCAAAUGACCAAUAAGAAUGAUGGAACAACCAAACAGGCUACAAGUGUGGAACUCGGGGAAGCCAUGAGGACAGUUUUUAAUUGCCCAGUCUUCAAAACCAGCCAACUGGAUGGAUCCCAAGAAACAGAGAAGACAGCGCCUGUUGCAAUGCAGGCCAGCCAAAACCAGCAGCCACAGCAAAAUCCCAACAUGGUGAGCGUGCUGUGCGUGGUGGAAUCUCCCCGGACGUUCUACGUAAUACGGCACCACGUCGAGCACACUCUCCAUGACUGCAUUACUUUCAGUCCCGCGAUGCUGGGGAACUCUCAUGCCAAGCCUCUGUUCGUCAUCUACCAGAUCUUCAAAGUAUUUGACUAUUGCCACCAGCGCGGGGUCCCCUGCGGAGAAGUGACCUUGUGGGAUUUCGCCAUGGACAAGAACCUCUGGGUACAAUUUCGGGGUCCAAAGUGGAAGGAAAUCGGGCGAGAGUGUUGCAACGGUGAAGCAACCACUGGAGAGUACAGAGAGAACAAGAGUGUUGAAAAGCGUCACGUUUCUACUCAGAGGAAAGAGAGCAGUGUCGAUCCCAUCAUGUCUGAUAAACAGUUCACAAUGGAUGCCCUACCGGGGGUUGUACUCCGCUGGGUCAAAUGCGAACUCAGUAAUUUCGACUAUCUCAUGAUCUUGAACUCCCUUGCCGGCCGCUACAUGAGCAACCCCAACCACCACCCUGUCAUGCCCUGGGUCAUGGACUUCACACGCCCAGACGCAGGUUUCCGCGACCUGUCCAAGUCCAAGUACCGCCUGACGAAAGGCGACCGCCAGCUGGAGUACAUGUACGAAUCCUUGUUGAUGUCCACCUCUCCGACAAAUGCCCCUGCUCAGAUACCACAUCACAUCUCGGACACCUCCUCUGUGAUCACGUACUACGUCUACAUGGCUCGCCGGACUCCAAAAUCAAUACUCUGCGCCCACGUGCGCCCGACGUGGGUUCCUAAUGAAUACCCGUCCAGCUUGCAGAGACUGCAGGAAUGGUCGCCCGAAGAAUGUAUCCCAGAAUUUUUCACUGAUGCAGAGAUCUUCAAGUCGAUUCAUGACGAUCUGCCCGAUCUUGAGCUACCGUCCUGGUGUUCGGGGCCAGAAGACUUCCUUGCUAAACAUCGGGCGGUAUUGGAGAGUGAUUAUGUGUCCGAGAGGCUUCACCGUUGGAUUGACUUGACGUUCGGGUACAAGUUGUCAGGAAGUGCUGCCGUACGAGCCAAAAACGUCUGCCUACCUCUCGUGGACCAGCACAUGCAUCCGACCAACCACGGAGCGGUGCAACUCUUCAACUUCCCCCAUCCCCGUCGAUUCGCACCUACAAAAUAUCUGUCGCCUUCCCCUCCGGCCGUAUCGCGCAGGCAGCCCAGAGUUGAGGGAGCCACAGUUAGAUCCACUGAUGUCGAAAAGGUUGAGGCUGUACAAACUGAUUCUGGCACAUCUACGUUCACCCAGACUAGGAGAAUCUCAGAUGCCAGCUCCGUAAUGGUUGCCACCGAAGCAACCCUAGAAAGAAGCUCCAUGGCAGGCCAGAUGGAUGCAGGAGGGCCCGGCACCAUUACGGAGAACAUUACUACCAGCUCUUCCAUAGAGAUUGCUACAGAUGUAAACCUUGAAGUAUCGCUGUCAACAAUGGAGACAAUCAACGUUAUCAGUGGCGGAGGGGGCGGGGCCAGUAAAACCUCGGUACCAGAAGCCACACCCCAAGCGCCGUUGGCACCACCGAUGAUGGGCCAGCCUGCCGAUGAGUCCUCCCUCCUCAAAAACCCCAUCAAGAAGCUGCCAUUUUUCAGGUCAAAGACUGAUCCUCUGUUGGAUGCUAAGCCGUCUAUCCCAAGACCCGAGCAGAUGACAAUCUAUCUUCCCGAGGACUACGACCCCCUGGCCUCUCUGAGUCAGCUAGAGUCGCUUUAUUCUUUCUCAUCGAGGGCACUGCAGGGUCUGCCAAGGGAACGAAAUGAGGACAUCGCUACUGAUCUGUCCCUCCAUCUCCUCGGUCGUGACAUGCACGUCCUCGGCUGCCUCAUCGUAGAACUCUUCCUUGCUCCCAGGCUGCGGAUGCAGCCUCGUCACCGCUCGCUGAUGGAGAGGUGUCAGGUCUUGAGGAGGGUCCUGGAGACGGAAUGGCUGGAUCUUCCCAGGGCAGUACGGCAAAUUACACGGUUGCUCCUGGAGAUGGACACCAAACCAAACCCAGGGGAUUUAACCGAUUGCCUGUACAAGCAGGCGGCAAUGGGUUUGCCUGAUCCCACAGCCAACAUGCUCCUCCAGCCUGCAGCUCAAGUCCUUGCCUUCCCCGGAUACAUGCCGAAGCUGUACAAAAUGCUGAGCAGCUUCCCGAGGCGAGUCGCAGGUCCCGCCAGCACGGCUUCCAAGAUUGACCUGAAGAAGCAGAGCAUUGCUAAGAUCCACCACGUCUCCAGGCACCUUCCUAAGAUCAUGCGCCAGCUGACAGCCGAUGGAAGAGAACUCCUGUUCCCUCACCUCUUGGAGUUGUUCGACUCCCCGGACACUGCUCUCUACGCCUGCCUCUUGCUGUUGGACAAAGUGGCCCAUUUCAUCGGGCCCCAGCAAGCAACCCAGAAGCUUCUGUCCUGCUUGACUCGGGUCUACGACUCGGAGUUUAACUCCCCUAACUACAUGCUGCUCUUCCACAAGUCCUAUCUGGCGCAGCUUAUGGUCUGGCUUGGGUUGAGCCCAUUCACUGAACAAAUUAUCGGGUACGUUGUGGAUGCUGUGACCGGCCUGAAGGAAUGUCCUGAGUUCGGAACGGCGGUGGACGACCCGAUAUCAAUCAUCACAGAGGACAAGAAAGUCCUGCCUACCUCACUGAACGAAGAUGGACUGGACCUGAUCAACUUGGAAGAUGUAGGGGAUGAGGUGGAGAUGCCCAUCGAUCAGCCAGGCGGCAACAUUUCAGAGAGCUCGUCCAGCGAUGAAGAUGUGCCUGAUAUUUACCAGACAUCAAGCAGGAAAACCUCCGAAAGUACAGAUUCGAGCAGUCUAGAUCAGACGGAGCCGAUGGAAGAAACUCAAGAAGCUAAAGAAACUCAAGAAGAAAAUUAUAACGGGGAAAAUAUUGAAGAGGAGCAAGUGAAGAGUGAUGAUGCCGUCGAAAAGAAUGCAACUGAAAUGCGUAUGACGCCUGAAAUGUCGGACGGGAAAGAAACUGAUGUAGCACCACAAGACUCUGUCACGGACACUGAAUCAAGCGAACAAAACACAGAAACUGCUGCCCCUGCUCUUGCAGAAUCCGAAACCGGCAGUGACCCAGAGACCAAGUCUAAUCAGCCUCUGGCAAGACUCGAUUCGGACGACCCGACGAAUCAAGAUGGCGCAGAGACAGCGGAGCCAAGAGUUGCAUCCGAGACCGAACCUCCCACAGAAGCGGGGGAAGACCCCAUGCACGAGUACCUCAUGUCCAGUCUGACUAAGGGCAGGAUGACGUCGCUCGGUAACCUGUCCCCUGGUUCCCGUCUGGUGGACGUGGCCGCGGACAGUGUGACGUGGCUCGCCCGUCGCCUGGGACCGGCUAUAACAGCUACUCACCUGACGAGGAGGCUGCUGAAGGCUUUGAAGAUGUGCUACAUGGGAUCGCAUCUUUUGGCAUACUGCGAAUUGGACAGUGAUAGCGAUAGUAGCGAUGAUGAAUAUGGUGUGUAUAUAGAGCAGAGGACCGUCGUUGGGGACAGCAACGCCAAGUCGGUGCUGGGCUGCCUUACAGAUGUGGCCUUACUCUAUGGAGAUUCGUUCAUCUUUAAGCAGUACCUGACACACAUACGUGAAAUAGUGUCUUCAGUAAGGCACAAAGUGAACCCUAAGGCGGAAGCAGGUCUGGUUGCCUGCAUCGCACUACUCAGACAUCUCCUACAAUUCCUGACAGACACACAGCUCAUGGACAAGCUCACAUUUAUAUUCAGGAAAAUCCUGCAGCCCUUAGUCAACGUGGUCCAGUCCUGUCAGCUGAGCUUCCCCAGCAGUGGCCAGGCGAGGGCGGUCAUCUGCUACAAGCUGGUGGACGUCAUGACUGCCGUGGGGCUACGCAUCGGCCGGGAGAUGGCCAGAGAACACAUGACCAGCACGCUGCAGCACUUCUUCGUCUGCUUCGAGUUGGUCCACGGUGACGGGCAGCAGGGUGCUAAACUGUCUCAGGACGCUGAACGAAGAUACAGCCAUCAGUUCUCUCGCAGCACCGACAGCGAAGAUAUGUACUGCGAAAUCAAAGUGGACUCUCAGACCAACCAGUACAAGAUCGGCACCCCCACCAAGCUGGAAUAUCUGCGGGGCGAGGCGACCCGUUCCCCACCUCCUCUCUCCACUCGCUUGUCUGACAACCUUGAUGCCCUUGAGGAUGUUCACAGCGUGGACCCGGAGAUCAUGAGUGAAUUGAGGGAGGCCUUCAGUCCAGAGAUGGCCAACACAGCUUACAUUCCACUCUGUCGUCUCAUUGGAAGCAUCCAUAUGGAGCGUAUUCUCUACAACCAUGACCUCAUCUGGAAACUGAGCAGUCAGCACGAGAAAAUGUUAGCAGCUCAGAGAGCCGUUGCUGGGGCAGGACAAAGUGAGACGGGAGAGGCAGAGCAGAGCCAGACAUCUUGGUUUGUGGAUAUUGGUGCUCUAGACCACAAUGACGAUCCCUUGCAUGUUGGCAGUACACUGAACGCCCAGGUUGUCGGUAACCGCAUUGACAUUGCCACAUACAGCAGCGACUCGGACAGCGCGAAUGAGGAAUCUAGCGCUAAUCCGGUCAGACCUACUAGGCCUCUCAGGAACAAACGUCAAAAUCCAAGCUUGAAGAUGGGAAAGAGUAAACGACAGUUGAAAGGAGGAUGGUUGUCCUACUGGGAAAGCUACAACGAAAACUCACCCGACUCCAUGCUGACUUUCAACCAGAUCAAGUUGCAGACAUUUGUUGGUCACUCAGGGGGCAUCAAAGCAUUGUACGUCAUGGACAACGAGAACACCUUUAUGAGUGCCAGCAAAGACAAGACGGUGAAAAUCUGGUCUCUCCGUAACCACGGCGAUGGGUCCAGCAAAUCCUUCUGUCGUUACACGUACCCGAAUCACCGGAAGAGCGUCUUUGCUGUGACGUAUCUGGAGUCGCAGCGGCUGGUCGCGUCUUGUGAUGGAAGCAUUCAUUUGUGGGACCCUUUCACCGGUUCGCUCGUUCGUCGCUACGACUUAACCAAGUUUGUGCCCAACCUUCUUGUCCGCAUGCCACCCCCGAGCCCCGUUCUGGUUGUAGCCACCACCGAAUCCACCGUCAGGCUCAUAGAUACGCGGAGCAGCGUCGUGCAACAGGAACUUAAAGUGGCCUCUGGAACCUUGGGGUUAAUACGCUGUCUAGCAGUCAGUCCAGGCAGCAGCACCUUGGGUGUAGGUCUUUCCUCUGGUGUUCUCUCCAUGGUAGAUAUGGGCUCUGGCCUGCUAUUGGGUGGAUGGCGCGCUCAUGAUGGAGAGGUGAUGCAGAUUAAAGCUUGCAGCGGAAACCGGUUCCUGACCUCGUCUGUGGAUCACUCCAUGGCAUUAUGGAGGGAGGACGGCACCAGGUUCUGCACAUUCAGAGGAGCAACAGAGCCAGUACACUGCAUGUGUGUUUGCAAUGGACAAAUUGUGUCAGCAACAACGUCCAAUAGGAUCGGACUGCACACCUCAUUGGACCAACAGGCCUCGUUCUCGAGUCACCGUGUUCGCUCGGACUUGGCUAAAGGGAUGAUAACAACGCUGGACGUCAUGCCACUUAACCGACUGUUCCUACUGGGAUCUGACAACGGCGCCAUCACCUUGCUUGCUUAAAAUGUGGAGGCUAGCCAAGACUAGAGUUGUAAUCAUGUUGAUAACAAGUCAAUAACCAAGUCAAGAGACAAGUCA